AUGGAUCUAGACGAUGUUGAGACCAGCAACUCCGACUGGAAGUCACAACUCGACAUUGCCCACUUCGAGCUUAUUGUUCCUGACGAUACCCGCUAUGGUGUCAAGCCGGGAAGAUCGUUGGAAGACAAGCAGGUCGACAGAGUGGAAGGCAAGAUCCUUUCGGAGCGCGAAAGAAUCGAGAGUCAACUAGGUCCACGCACCCAAGCAGAGCAGCGCAUCAUCGACACAGCGGAACUCAUCCUCGUUCGUCGACAAGACAUUCGCCUUGCCCAGCGCCGAGAGCUUCGUCUCGAGAACCCCUCCAAAUACUAUGUCCCGAGCGAGUAUCCCAACAACAACCCUCUGAAGCGCCCUGUCUGGCGAGGCCUCUAUGAUACCAAACUCAGGCCCGUCAAAUAUUACAUGGGUCACAAGCCAGGCGACUUCAUAUUCCGAUAUUACCACCUACCGUGCCUGCCGCUCCGUGAUCCACGGAGAUGGGUCUAUGAAGGUCAGGUACCGCAUAUGCUGUACGAGUACAAGGCCCGAAUGGUUCAGAAGAUACUCCCGGAUAUCCUCGAGGCGCUACUCAGUGCCAUGAGCUUUGAAGAGAACAAACGGGGCACAGAUCCUCCCGGUCUGAUCCAGAAACUUCAGCGGCGCGGACGCAUUGCACUGACCAAGCCAAAGAUCCAGUGGCGCAUCUUCGAGGCAUGGAAAGAAAAGGUAGCAAAGGGACGACAACUAGGGAAAUACUUAGAGGUCCUACGCGACUCGCACCUUGUGCAGGAGAUGGCUUGGCUGUACAAGCGGGUGGAUGCGACGAUGCCACCAGACGCUUUCCUGGUCAUGACUUUGAUCACACCGAACCUCGAGACAGUUGAUUUACUUGCCGCCAAGCAUGAUCAAGCUCUCGAAGCCAGGGCACGGCACCUGCUCUUCGAGGAAGGCGAGGGAUGGCGGGUCGUAGAUCCAGCCGAAGAAUCUCGCAGAUCCUGUGCCAAAAUCAUGAAGUACACGCCGUAUGACUGGGAGAAGAACGACGAGGCAGAUGAAUGCAAUAAUGAACCGGAGCCCGAUUGCAGUCGCGUGCUCGUGUACACCUUAUUCUGCGAGGAUGAGCUCCCAUGUGGAGUGGAUUUGACGGCGGCCGCGAAAUCUUCAGGGGUCUACCAUCCCGGCUUCGGGCCGACGGAGAAACCUUUACGCGGCGACGCCGCGACUGGACCGACGGUCGUCCCCUGCAGUCGCCAUUUUUUACGACAACCUCGACAUCUGACGCCUAUCCGACUCUCGAGGUGCGCCAUCCACGAGCACCACAACAAGCUACGACUUCAAUACGGCCCCGACCACGGCUAUUACCCCGACGAAAGAUUCCUCGAUAAGCCGUCGGUACCAGAUCGCGUUGACAUUUCGGGACUCGCCGUGCAGCUCACCCUCAGCGCUGCCGCACGCAUCGAAGACGAAGCCACAGUCGGCCGCGACGACCUUUCCAGUAACAACUCAUCCGACGACACCAAUCCCCUCGACUGGAACUAG